UCCUGGGAGCUGUAGUCUAAGUCAGCAACUCUUACGCGCGCGCAGGACGGGACCUUCCUUUUCCGCACUCUACUUCCCAGAAGGCUUUGGGGAUGGCCGGGCUGCGGUUCCAUAGGCUAUCCCACUUGCCGCCUAGUUUAAUGUAUCAGGGUAAUGCUACUUCCGCCUUUCCGAAAGCACCUCUGACUCCCUGACCCGGAGAAGGUAAAGCCGGCGUCGAACGGGCUCCUCGCUCGCGGUUUCCUGCUUCCUGUUCCGUCGGAGGCACCAAGCUCAGCCCCGUAAAGACCCUGCUCUUCCCCAGCAGCAGAUGGAGGCCAAGGAGGGCCUGACUUCCGGCUUCCUCAUGGCCCGCUUUGAGGAGCCGGUGACCUUCCGGGACGUGGCCGUGGACUUCACCUGGGAGGAAUGGAGCAUCCUGGAGCCGGCCCAGAGGGCCCUGCACAGGGACGUGAUGCUGGAGAACUUCCAGAACCUGGUUUCUGUGGGGAUUCCUGUUUCCAGACUGGAUGUGAUCUCCCUGUUGGAGAAGCAAGAAGGAGCCUGGAGUCCCGAGAACAGAGAUUCCAGCGGGUCUCAUCAAGAUUCCUUUAGUGAAGACACUAGGUUUCAAGCCAAGAACGUAAACAUGGUGCAGAGCAUUUGCCUGGGGACAUCCUGUGAGAAGAGGCUCCCAAAGGGCAUGGCCUGGCAUUGCAACAUGAACGAAGCCAGGGAACAUGAUAUGAAUUUAGAGAAAAUGAAGAGCCCAUCCAGAGAAGGGACCAUUCCCAGAACGACUUUGAGUAAUGGGAAUGUGCCUCAGUGUAUGUCAAUUGGGAAGAGCUUCAGUCUUGAGCCAGUCUUUGUUGAAACUAUGGAGAAAAAUCCAGAUAAAUAUAAGACAAUUGGAAAGAGCUUGAGAGAUUUUUCGAGCCUAAUUACUUAUAACACAAUUUCUUUAGAGAAGAACUUUUCUAAGUAUGUCAAAGACAAGAAACCUUUCAGGUAUCGCUCCGGAUUAUUUAAGUUUCAUAGAAUAGAUGCUAGAGAAAAUCUACAUGAAUUUAGACAAUCAGAUCUUACUGAAAAUCAGAGAAGUCCCAUAGGAGACAGUCAUUAUAAAUAUAACAAAUGUGGAAAAGACUAUUUCAAAAAAGGAAGCUUGACUGAACUUAAGAUAAAUCAUGCUGAAUUGAAACCCUUUAAAUGUGAUGAAUGUGGUAAACCUUUUGGAAGGAGGGAAAACUUGAUUGCACAUCAGAGAACUCAUACUGGAGAGAAACCUUUUGUUUGUAAUGAAUGUGGAAAAAACUUCAGCCAUAGAGGAAACCUGAUUGCUCAUCAUAAAAUUCAUACAGGGGAGAAAUCUUUUCCAUGUAAUGAAUGUGGAAAAAGCUUCAUUAAUAGGGCAAAUCUUAUUUCUCAUCAGAGAACUCAUACAGGAGAGAAACCUUUUGCUUGCCAUGAAUGUAUGAAAAGCUUUAGUCACAGGGGAACCCUUAUUAUCCAUCUCCGAACUCAUACCAAAGAGAAACCCUUUGAAUGUAAUGAGUGUGGGAAAGCAUUCCGCUUUAGGGGAACCCUUAUUGGACACCAGAGAACUCAUACUGGAGAGAAACCAUUUGUAUGUAAGGAAUGUGGGAAAGGCUUUAGCCGGAGUGACCAUCUCACUUGUCAUCAGAGAGUUCAUACGGGAGAAAAACCCUUUAUAUGUAAUGAGUGUGGGAAAGACUUUUCCAAGAGAGCAAGUCUUAUUAAACAUCAGCAAAGUCAUACAGGAGAAAAACUCUUUGAAUGUAAUGAAUGUGGAAAAGUCUUCACCCAGAUGGUAAACCUCAUUACUCAUCAGAGCACUCACACGGGAGAGAAACCUUUUGAAUGUAACAUAUGUGGGCAAGCCUUCAUCACCAUGAAAUACCUCAUUGAUCAUCAGAGAAUUCAUAUUGGAGAGAAACGCUUUGUUUGUAAUGAAUGUGGGAAAGGCUUCAGCCAGAGAGGAUACCUCAUUUGUCAUCAAGGAGUUCAUACUGGAGAGAAACCCUUUGAAUGUAAUGAAUGUGGAAAAGCCUUCAGUCGGAGGGUAUACCUCAUUGUACAUCACAGAACUCACACUGGAGAGAAACCAUUUGUAUGUAAGGAAUGUGGAAAAGGCUUUAGCCGGAGGGACCAUCUCACUUGUCAUCAGAGAGUUCAUACGGGAGAAAAACCUUUUGUAUGUAAUGAGUGUGGGAAAGGCUUUUCCCAGAGAGCAAGUCUUAUUAAACAUCAGCAAAGUCAUACAGCAGAAAAACUUUGAAUGUAAUGAAUAUAAUGAAUGUAGAAAUGUCUUCACCCGAAGUCAUCAGGCAACUCACACUGGAGAGAAACCCUUUAUAUUUAAUAAGUGUAGGGAAGCCUUCAGCUACCAAGUAAUACUCACUUGUCAUCAAAGAAUUCAUAAUGGAGAGAAACUCUUUGAAUGUCAGGAGUAUAAGAAAGCUUGUAGCCAGAAAGCAAACCUCAUUAUCCACUAGAGAACCCAUAUAAAAGAGAAACCCUUUGCAUGUAAUGAAUGUGGGAAAGGCUUUAGUAGGAGUUCUAACCUUAUUACUCAUCAGAAAAUUCAUACUGGGAAGAAACAGAAUUUGUUGAAAUAGACUUCAAACAGGUGCUACCCUUCACUGCCAGCAGAGAAUUCAUAUGAUUCUGGCAACUCAAUAGGAGAAACAUCUGUCCUUUCUAAAGUAAUUCAUUGUGCUCCUUUUUGAUUAAUAUGUCACCUGCAUUUCUCAGCCUGUACCUUUUUCAUCCCCUCCAAAUCCAACACAUGAAAAAUCUGACAUUGUAUGCAAUGUUGCACACUGGAGGGUCCACCAUAUUUGUAAAGAAGUGGUGAUGGAGUACCAUGGUCUUUCCAUCGGAAAUUUGAUUUUGGUUUUUACAACGUUUUUAGUCUGAUUUCUAAUGUAUUGAUUUGUCUGAUUUUCAAUAUUUUCUCCAUUGUGCUUGCUUUCUUAGUUUUCAGUUCUAAAAAAAUAUUCUAUUCAUUUUUUUUUUUUAACAUUUUAUUAGUAUACAGUUUUUGAGAAAUUAUCCUUUGGCUGCCUGCUUUAGUGUGUACGCCAGAAAUCUUGGAAUAUCAACUCACUUUUACUCUUGU